UUCAGAUUCAAAAUGAUGAGUGAUGGGAAAGACGUGCCUAAAGAUAGCCGAAACCAUCGUGGGGUUGAAGAAGGUAUGAUGGUUGUGGAAGCAGAAGGCGAGAUGCACGAUGAUCACUGGGUAUUAGAUGAUCGCAUGAAGCGAAUGAUUAUGGACUUGCAAAGACAUUGGUUGACAGAUUAUCAGCAGUCCAGGGAAAAGUUAUUGGUUGAAAUGACUGAACGGCUCCAUCAGGAAUUUCUUUCUGAUCAGCAAAAGAUUAGGACCGAACUUCUUACGCAGUUCAAAGACGAACUAGAUACCACGAGAGCUGAAUUGGAGGAAAAAUAUCGCGAAUCUUUGAAAGUUGAAUUGGGCAAAAUGGCUGAAAAACAUAGAAAGGAAAUAUCAAGUAUCAAGAAAAAACAGUGGUGUUGGCAAUGCGAAGCGGAAGCGAUUUAUCACUGUUGUUGGAACACAGCUUAUUGCAGUGUGGAAUGCCAGCAAAGUCACUGGGCAACCCAUCGGAAGUUUUGUCGACGUAAGAAGCAGAAUGCCAAUACUCAUCAACAGCAACAACAGCAACAGCAAAAGAACAAUUAAUUAGUUUAUGAAGUAGCAUUUUAAAAACAGGAUUUUAUCUCUUUAUUUAUGCUUAGGUGAUCGUAAGGAUCUCAAGACAGUGCUUGGCUUGUAAAUCUUUUUUUAUCAGUAUUUACUCUUUAAACUCUCUCCCUUUCUCUUCGUUUUGUUUAACUAAAUUGCUUCGGAAAUGGAAAUGAAAAUUUCGUUAUCUGCCCAGUUUAAUACAGCUAGCUGGACUCCUGCUACGUCACUAAUCGUCUUUUGAGGGUUAAUUUAGGAGAUAGAGUUUAAUGAGGGGAAUAAUCCGGUACCUUUUGUUAUAAUUAAUUUCUUGAGCAUUACCUGAUGGGUCUGUGGCGCUAACCUAUAGGCACUGAUUGGUUAUACAUUUGUACAGGUUACUAAUUAUCUGUUGUACAGUAUACUGUAUAACGCAGUGUUGUGUUUCAAGUAUCGUGCUCUCCUUCGGCUUCUUUAGUUAUUGAAGUUCUGUAAGAAAAUCAUCAUGAAAGUGUUGGUUUUGAUUAUAUUCUCGUCAUCAAUUUCAGUACUGAGAAGGAAGUUGUUCUUAAAUAUAUUUCUGUGGUUAUCUUUUUAAGUCUUGAUAACUGACUCUUAUAUUCAUAAUAAAGCUGAAGAUCAUC